CGACCUUCCCUCGACGAAAAGAAAAAAUAAGAUUCGAUCGAGUGGCCGAGACGAUCGCGGCCUGAGAUCGCAGCCGUCGGUUGGGGACAAGACAAAGUGUCGAGAUGGCGAUGCUCCAAUCUGGUAUUCGACUCGCUCACCAGAAGACGUCGGCACUGGUUUCUCGCCUCAUCAACGCCGCCCGCAGCAGCAGCAGCCCUGCUUCUGCUUCAUCGUCCAACAUCAGCACCACGCGGAAGUGUUUCACCGAGAGCGGCCAUGAAUUAAAGUAUGAGGAACCUGCCGGGGAUAUGAUGGACAUUUUGUUUGGCGCCGCUGCCGUUGUCGGGUUGCUGGCGUUUAGGGACUAUACGCCACAUUGCCUUCACGUACUUCCAGUGCCGACUCGUGGAUGGGGACAAGAGAAAGCCAAGAAUACGUCUGGAGAAGCCAUGCAUGUCUCGGGAAAAACUAGUCUAGAUUCAGUUCUUGAAUUGUUCUAGUUGAGACGGACUAGUAAAUAGGUGACCAAUCAUUGUAUUACACACAUGAGAAGAGAUCUCUAAUAAAGA